CCUGCCGGACCAGAGGCCCUCAGAGAGGCAAGGACAGAGGCACAGGACCACACGCCACUUGUGAGAGCUCCGUGGAGAGAAGAAGAUCACUCGGCCCGUGGAGACAUGGAUUUGGUGUCACACUGCACAGGGGACAAGAAGGAGGACAUUCCUCCAAGCGAAGAUGAGGAGCCAGAAGAUCAUCUGUCAGCUGAAGAAAAAAUAUUUUUGAGAGAGUUUCCCAGAUUGAAACAAGAUCUAGAAGUGAACAUUAAAAAACUCUAUGCCCUUGCAGAGGAUGUCGACAAAAGACACAAAACAUUCACCAAGACCAACCUGGUGGCCAACUCCGUGGCUGUCGUCUCUGGAGUUGCGUCCAUCCUGGGGUUAGUCCUGGCUCCGGUGACAGGAGGAGGGAGCCUGCUACUCUCCACUGCUGGUCAAAGUUUGGGGGCAGCAGCUGGAGUCACCAGCAUUGUGACCAACCAGUUGGAAUGCUCUCACAAGAAAAAAGCCCAAGCUCAGGCCAGCGACCUAGUGGCCAGUGAGGAUGAGGCCGAGGAAGAAAUCUAUAUCUCAGUAGCCGGCAGCAUUGUCUGUAGCGUUGCCCACACUGUCAACAACAUGAAGAAGAGCCUCCGUGCCUUUCAGAAAGCCAAAGCCCACCCCCGCUUGGUCAAGGCCGCCAACCGCCUGAUGACCACUGGCCACAUCUCGGCCCGAAGGAGCAGGCAGGUGCAAAAGGCCUUUGGGGGCACAGCACUGGCCAUGACAAAAAGUGCUCGCAUCGUGGGAAGUGCACUGACCGGCUUCAGCCUUGGCCUGGACUUGGCCGCUGCUUCGAGGGACUGGAAGCAUCUGAAGGAGGGAGCAACAACAGAGCUUGCAGAUGAGCUGAGGGCCCAGGCUUCGGAGCUGGAAACGAAACUGAAGGAACUCACUGAGCAACACGAGAGGCUGCAGCAGCCCUGGCAGUAAUCGCUGGCUCAGAUACCGGCCUGCACUCAAAAGACGCCCCUGGAACCUGCCCGGCCACAUUCCAGUGGGAAGGAGAGAGGCGGAGCCCCUGCGCAUCUCGCAUCUCCCCAACACUCGCCUCCUUCCGGACCUCGGAACCUGCAUGAGUUCUCCUGGCCGCUCAGUUCACCUAUCUGAAAAGUAUUUUUUUUCUUUUCUGUGCUUUAACUGCUGUUUUUAAAGUAGUGCAUGGAUAUUAAAUACAAUUUUUUUUUUAAGUUCAGGAAAGUAAAAAAAAUAGGAACAAACAAUGCACCAACCAAGGGUAACAAGGUUGGCAUUUUGGCAUGGAGUUUCUUUCCUGUGCUUCCUUUGCUUUCGGGUUGACGUGCUGGCUUUAGGCCAUUACGCCAUUGUCAUUAGACGGCCCGUGCACGGGGGACCCUCCCUUGGGGCUUUACACAGUACGGGUUUCUGCCCCCCAUGAGUUUGCUUUUUAUGUUACAAAAUAUUCUCCUGACCACACAUAUAAUCUUUUAAUCAGA